UGAUGACUUCCGAGCUCCACUCUACAAGAAUGUGGAGAUUAAAGGAAUCCAAGUACGGAUGAAAUGGUGUGCCACCUGCCACUUCUACCGUCCUCCACGCUGCUCUCACUGCAGCGUCUGUGACAACUGUGUUGAGAUUCCAAGGAGUGUUUAGAUGAUGGUCACUUCUCAGUUGUCCCAUGGAAUUUCUUUCUUCUCCUCUCCCCAGUGGCUUAGCAUGAAAAUCCAUUUUCAAGAAAUGAAGUUUUCUCAGAAAAAGAUUGCCCAAAACACAAAGUGGUAUAAACACUUGCGAUUUCAUGCUGCCAUGGGGCCUCCAGGGGAGGCAAUUCUGCAGCAGAAAUGAAAAUGGGAGAGAAUCCAAAAGUAAUCCAAAUAAACCAGCAGAACGCAAGGUGACUGCCUGCUUCUCAAGAAGAUUUGUUGAUAGUCGGAUUAGUUCAAUGCUUCUUACUGUUCUGAUGGGCAAGAAUGAAACGCUGCUUGUAUAAUUAAAUCAUGGUUGCUGUGAAGAAAUAUAGGCAGAAAGCAUUAAUAGCUUCUGAGUCAAUAAAUAGUGAUCUUAAACAGCAUACUUUAUUGAUUCUUGUGGUGCUUAUUUCUAUUCACCUGUCUAUUCUACAAGAGCUUGAAGACAGUGGUAAGAGUGAUUCUGCUGGCUUUUCAGUGUGGGACCCGUUCAGGGUUGGAAUUCACCUCUUUUGACUUUCAGUGUAGAAUGUGCUAUGAAAGUUCUUAGCCUGAAUAUAAAACUUUUGAGCCAGUUUGAUAAAAAUAACCUAACAACAAAAAAUGACAACGCUUGCAGAAAUGAAAGCGGUUGAAACCCAAAGCCUGCUGUGACCAGAUGGACUAAAAAAUAAAUCCAUGACAAAAGUAGUUGGAUUUUUUUCCUUACUGAAGUGUUCACAGUGGGUAUUUAUACAGUUUCAUAAUCUGUAGAUAUUUUAGGCAGUGUACAACCAGAUUCGCAUCAUAGACAUACGCUAUGUCAGCAUUUCAAGCAUAGCCUGAAAUGAUCUUUAGUAAAUCACCUCUGGCAUUUUCUGAUGUGCUUUGAGAAAACUAAUCAAUUUAUUUUAUUUAGUAAGGUUUUGGUAAAUACAUUGGGCAAAACUUACAAAUAUAAGCAUCUGUGGGGACCUGCUUGGUAGAAAAGUAUUUUUCUUGAGGCUCGCUAUUUAAAGUUCAGCUACAUAUAAAUUCAGAAAUGGGGAGAGAGUUCUGCAGUCAAUAUUGCAUCUUCAGAAUAUUAUAGGGUAUGAUAACUUCAUUGUAAUUGGCUCCUGAUGGAUGAUAAAAAAAAAAAUGAGUGCAUCUGCUGCCAGCGCAUAAAUAGCCAGUUUUAUGUUGCUUUGUGUUCUCUUAACUCUAUGCACCUCUCCAUUCAUAUAUAAAGAAACCAUUUGGUGCUAAGAAGAGCCUUAUAAAGAGAACGUACCUGGUUUGUAAAGCUUCAGAACUAGCUUGAUGCGAUUUUACAUGACAAUGGUUCAGAUUUACCUCUAAGAAAAGCUAUUUCCUUUCACUGUUUGGAUAUUGUUCCCUGUCUCUCCCUUUCUUUACAAGGAUUUUGACCAUCACUGCCCAUGGGUCAACAAUUGCAUAGGACGGAGGAACUAUCGCUAUUUUUUUCUCUUCUUGCUGUCCUUAAGUACGCACAUGGUUGGAGUAUUCACCUUUGGCCUGAUUUUCGUAUUGAACCACAUGGAAAAGCUGGGAGCAGCUCAUACCACCAUUACAAUGGCUGUCAUGUGUGUGGCUGGGUUAUUCUUUAUUCCAGUCAUUGGUCUCACUGGUUUCCAUAUUGUUCUAGUGGCACGAGGACGCACAACCAAUGAACAGGUGACAGGUAAAUUUCGAGGGGGAGUGAAUCCUUUUACCCGAGGAUGCUGCGGAAAUGUGGAACACGUGCUCUGCAGUCCUUUGGCUCCCAGUCUCCUCCACCUUCCACUGCAGGGAAGCUGUUUCAUGAUAACUAGGUACAUAGUUGAGCCCAAGAAGAAGCUAGCUGUGAGCGUAAAGCCUCCUUUCCUCAGACCUGAUUUAUCUGAACGACAGAUCACAGUGAAGAUCAGUGACAAUGGGAUCCAAGCCAACCUCAACCGGAGCAAGUCUAAAAUUAGCCUGGAAGGUCUGGAGGAUAAAGGUAUGGAUGUGCAACCACCGCUCCCACCCAAAGGAGAUCAAAGCAAAUAUACUGAGUUGAAAGGGCAGCUGGGGACCAGUGAAGAAAGUGGCCUUUCACCCAAACUGAUCAGCCCUCCUACGCCUGCCAUGUACAAGUACCGGCCGGCUUUCAGCAACAAUCCCAAAGUCCACUACCAUGCUGCAGCUGAGCAGAUCACCCUGCAGGAGGGACACAGCCAGGGGGCUCUGAUAGAAGAGGAUGGCAGGAGCCUUGAUUACCAGUCCGAACCCAGCCUGGACAUCCCCAGCUACAGGAAGAGCUCCCUUCACAAGACCUAUCAGUCUUCCCCACUCCAGAUAGAUUCCUUUGCCGUCAAUUCACGAUCCCUGAGCCUGAAAUCUGCUGGCAGGAGAGGGACUGACAAAGUGCCCCUUCAUCCAAUAAAGUCUGAAGGGGCAGCUUCCACUCCUUACAAAAGCAUCUUUUCUCCCAAUUCCCUGUCGAACAGAAAUGGGAGUCUUUCAUAUGACAGUUUGCUAAACCCCAUGUCGCCCUCGGGGAGGAAGUGCGUCGCCCAUUCUGCAGUCAGCUCUGUCGGGUACCACUCACCAUAUUUAUCAGCCAAAAUGUGCCAUCUACGGGGGAGCAAGCUGCAACGCCAACCGCCUCAGAGCUUCAGCCCAGUGCUGGGGGGCCCAGCUCCACAUCAGCGAGACCCCUCUCCAGUCCGCUAUGACAACCUUUCCAAAACCAUUAUGGCAUCCAUUCAGGAGAGGAAAGAGAUGGAAGAGAGGGAGAAGCUCCUCCACUCGCACCCUGAUUCCGUGUUUGCAGACUCAGGUGUCUAUGACACCCCCAGCUCUUACAGCCUUCAGCAAGUCAGCACACUCUCUGAAGACCCGCGCAGUAUGGCAAUGAGAUAUGGAUCUAGAGACAAUCUGAUGGCUGCUUCCAGUUUUAGCACAAGGAACCCUAUACUGCAGUCCUCAGUGUCUUCGCUCUCAAGUGCAAUGACAAGAGCACCAAGGACUUCCACAACCUCUCUGCAAGCUGAUUUAGCCAAUAACAAUGUCCAGGCGCAUCAAGCACUACAAGGCAGGGUGAGCAAUGGCUCCUACAAAUCACCAGGCCACCAGGUCCCAUCAUCCCCCACAGGAAUGCCUAGGUCACCCUCUUACGGAGGCCCAAAGGCUGUCUCAUUUGUAAACACUGUGGAAAUUACAGAGGUGCAAUCAGUGGGAGCACAAAGGGAUGACAUACAGAUGAAGACACCGCACAGUAAAAUAAAUGGACAGCCAAAAGGAAUAUCCAGGCUGGGCUCAACAUCAAGUUCCCAAGGAACACCUGUCAGCCCUGCUAGACACUCAAAUGUUAAGAAGGUGUCUGGAGUUGGUGGAACAACCUAUGAAAUUUCAGUGUAAAAUAAAAUUAAAUGAAAACAAAGAGCCAUCCACUCAGCCAGCCAUGAAGCUAGGAGCACUGUGAAGACUCAAUUAACAGCAAAGAAGGAGCAGAAGCAGCCAGCCACUGUCCUUUUCUUGUUUUGGAUUCGUUCUGUUUUCAUCUCUAUACUUCGGCCAAAUAAACAGCUGCAGCCUUAUUCUUGACAGAAUAAAAUUGUACAGUCCAUCAGAUUCAUCUUAACUGACAGACGGGAACUGGCUGCCACCUACCACCACAACCACAGAGAGAAGUUUUUUGUGCAAGAGAGUGCUAAAGCCACUGUGCGUCUGUCUGUCCAACACUGUGUACCAAUAGUGCAGUGAAAAAAAUGGUCUGUCCAGGAUCGUUCCAUUUUCCUGUGCCCCUUCCCAGUUCUUCUGGCCGGCCACGUGUCUGGCAGGAGUCAGAGAUCCGGCUGCUGCUUUUCUGCUGGUGAGGAAAGCAUGCUCCCUGUGCUGGGCAGUUUGCAGGUGUGAGAGCUGCCCUGCGUCUCCCAGGCGUUGCAGGUCAGGUUCUCCUAGGCAGGAGCAGGGCAGGGCACCCUGUUCCACGGACGCUGUGUCAUCUUCCAAAGGCUCCCUGCUCCCCCGUCCCAGCUGGGCGCAGGAGAAGGGGCAGUGGCAGCUCCUCCUGCUCUGCUGGUCGCCUCCCCACGUGUGAAAACGUGUGUGCGCCCGCGUGUCUGUCUGGUGGGAAAGGACCGCGCUGCCCGUGAGGAUCUUCCACUCUCACCUCUCAUCCCUGUUUUUUUAAAGGCUUCUCUGACUCAGAAAUAAAACCGUGUAGGCACAAAAGGAAGUGUUUGGAGGGGAACACGUUCUAAACAGUCGUCAGCUGCUUUCCCUGCACCCUCCCUCUUGCCUGUUGGAUCUGGGCGGUAAGGCGGCUACCAACCUGCCUGGUGCCGCCCUGCAGCAGGGUUAGCAUGAGCUGUUGAAUUCACAGUCUGUGUAACUGAGCCAAGCGUAAGUCUAUAGGAUAUAAAUUUGGUGUCUGCCUAAUGACUAGCACAUUCCUUCUGGUCUUCAGUACUGUUAGACAAAGGAUUUUUCUGUUUGGUUUUUGAAUUUUCUUUCCCACGGGGAACAACUUUUUAAAAUAAUAUCGAUCAAAUGUAUUUAACAUUCUGAGGUUUCCUUUCCCUGUCUCCAGAAAACUGCAUUUGCUUUGUUGGAUUUAAAGACAACUUCGCUGUUUAAAAGCAAACAGAAAACACAAGAAAGAGUUACGGUAUUUUUUGUCUCAGAAAUCAGAACUCUGGUAACUAAUUUUGGGACAAAUACUUACUUCUUUUUUUUUCUCUCCAUUCCUGAUCUCCUUUUCCUUCUCAUUUGCUAUCAAAAGUACGGAGGUCUGGACCAAUGCUAAGUAGCUAGCUUCUGUGUUCUGUUAAGAACAUCCUGAGUGACUGUUGCCAAAGUCAGUAAAAAUCAUUAUUUAUCACUGAGCCAGUCAGCAUAUGAAGCCUCAGCUUUCCACCUCAUUCUCCUGGUAAAUAGUUUUGACUAGAGAGCUAAAUUCCUUGUUUUGCAGGACAUUGGUUUCAAGGGGCUAAAUCCUUUCCAGGCCUUGACUAUAAUGGAGAACUCUCCAGCUAAUUGGUAGCAAUUCAGAAUGUGUCGAUAACAUUUUACUUGUGUUUAUAUAUGUCGAGAUUAAUUAUUCCAGAAGGCAAAUAUUGACCUCAGUUUUGCUUGGUUAAAAUUGAUCUUUUGUUUUGAUAAAUGUUGACAUUUACUGCAAUACAUGGUUACUACAUGUUCCCUUUGUAUCGCAUAAUUUUUGGAGAGGAAGAUUGAAGAGAACAUAAUUAUGUGUAAAGCUCUGUACUGUCUGAAGGGAGAAAUCUAAAAAGCAGAGCAGCUGAAAUAGGCCAAAGUUGUGAGAGAGUGAACUAGAAAUCAGUGUGCAUUUUAUGGCCUCAGUGAUAUUUUAAAUGCCUGCUGUGAGGGCAUUGCAGAGCAGAGAAGCUGUAGUCCUUCUGUGCAGAUUUGUUUGCUGGCACGUAGAAUAUUGCCUUUAGUUGGAGGCACCGCGGUGCCAGAAGAAUGCUGGCAGACUGGAUCAAGUACAGGGGGAGCAAUAUAUCAUAAAAGACUGGACAAGCUGGCUGAUAGGAAGAUUUAAAGGGCUAAAAGCAUGUCACUGGCCAAGAAACAAAGUGGAAAUAGAGUAGGAUAAUUUUACAGAUAUGUUGGUUAAAAUAGGUAAAACCAAAGGCAAAUCAAAGGGUUGUUCUGGCAGCCAGUGGUCUGUCUACAUUCAGAGGGAGGAGAGAAGAUGAUAGGGAAAGGGAAGGGGAGUAGUCGUCCAGGGCAGAGUACUGGAGACUACCAAGUGAAGACAGUCAAACCAUAUUCAGACACGUGAUGAGAGAUGUUUCUGUUCAAGGCGAAGCUGCGGGGCCAAGGGGCUGCACCCAGCGGCCUCACAGAUUUCUUCCAUCUUUAACCAGUACUGAUCUGCAGCUCCACCCUGAUGUUAGCUGCUCGGGAAGGUGCAGGGCUUCCUCAAGGACUGGAAUUCACUCUGGUACAAUAACAUGAGACUUACCUGCUUGUUAAGUGUCAUGUGUGCCACUCGUAAGCCAGAAAGAGGGGAUGAGUGACACAGAAUGCGAGCUACUCAUCUAGACGAGGGCACGUAUCAUGUACCUCUGAAUAUGUAAGUGAAAUACGUGCAAGCAAAGCUGGGAGUCUGCACCAGUGUUGUAUUUGAGAUUUGCAUCCCAGUGAUGCUCCGCUCUGGUCAUUCUUUCUCCUGCAUUUGUAAAAGAAAAGGCUACUGAGGAACUUGAAGGGCCAGAGAGCCUUUGAGGUUAACUACAUUAGUUCAUGACAGAAGAAUUUCUCAGUAAGACUGAACACAGUGGUGUACAUAUAAAGCACUGAUAUCCCGGGUGCUUUUUGAAAGAAGGGGAUAGGGAGGAAUGGAUGAGUGCACUGUGUCAUUGCAGGUUCAGAUGUAAGGAUUAAAUAUUUUGUGGGUAGAUUUGGCCACAGUGGAGACGCAUUGGCUAUGGUAACAAGUUUACAAUGGUACCAAAGUCUUUUUUUUUUCUUUUUCUUUUGAGGUUUGCAUAUAAUUCAGUGCACAUAGCCUGGAGUAAAUCAUUCAAAUCUUCUGACAGAAUAAGCUGAGCAGAACUGUUAACAGGAGAUUGCAUGCAGCAAAUCCAGCCUCCUUCCCACCCAAGGCACUGAACCUGCAGCCAUUCUCUUAAAUGUAAGCACCUGCGUCCAUAGCUCCUGUUAUAGGACUGGGGACCUACUUACUGCAUCUGCUUUAGGAGCAGAAUCCCCCCUUGUUAAAAUACUGUUCUUCAAACAGUUCACAGAUUAACAGCCACGUUCUUCUUCUGCCCAGACCCUCAGUUUUUACAGGCACUGCAGCCAAAUCUUCAGGUGGUGCAAACUGGCGUGGCUCCAUUGAAGCUAAGCAAGUGAUGCUGAUUUACAGUAGGUGGGAUCAGCUAUGAAAAUCCAGCACAAGUUAACACAUAUUAUAAAGUAGCUUCUUGAUUUUGUCAUGUUUAUUUCAUGUUCAGAAGUCUUAAAGCUUUUCAACGUGUUUUUAUUUUUAGCUGCGGAUUGUAUUACUUUUUGGAAAAAACAGCAAUAGUUUUUAGUUUAUGCAUCAAUGUUCAUCGCAUGUUGCAUUUCAUUAGCCGUUCAUUCCCUGUUCAUACACUCCCAUUUAGCCCCCAGGUUUCCAUUGUAGUGCAGUCUGCCUUGAAAAGUUGGAUCUCUGUAUCUUUAAUUGUAUAAUAUAUUGAGCGUUAUGAAAUUAAAUGUACCUUACUACAUGGGUGGGAGAGAGAGGAAAUAUUUUUACUUGAAGCCUUAAUAUUUUCUUUUUUUACUGCUUUGUUUCUUGACCUCAUAGGAAAGUCUGUAUAGCAAAGACUUUGAAACUUUGGGCCAAAUACUGCACUGAUACACAACCAGCGUUUGGCCCCCGUGUCAAAACUGGACGCAGACAUAACCUGGAGGUAACAAAGGAAAAAGCCUCAGGGAGGCAUCUUUUCCUGGAGGUCAUUAGUACAGUCUGAGCGCUGUGUCUGUAAGCAAGCACAUCCAAGAAGUCCUCAAGUCCUGAAUUUUAAAGAAAGGUGAUAGCAGGAACUGCCCAAAUAUCUUACAUUUGCAUUUUCUUUUUUAAAUUAAAACGGAUGUAAUUGCAUCGUUUGGUUAAAGCUCUAAGGGUUGCACAGAGCUGUGUUAGUAGCCAUGUGCAGCAAAUGAACUGUGUUGUGUUGCUGUUCUGAAAUUGCUAACGAGGCACAAGGUCACAUCAGCUUGGCCUGAGAUAAUCACGCUGUGGGCGUUACCGUGGUGCUCCUCGGGUAAUGCCUGUUCUCCUACGAGCCUAAUGUGCAAACUGCAAUGUGGUUUUCUUUGGACUGUAUCUGUGGUCCAGACUAGAUAUAUAGAUAUAUAUAUAUAUUCAAUUUUUAUUUUUAUGUGGGAAAGAUGAGGUUAAGAUUGCUGUCCCUGACAGUCUGGAAGGUUAAUGCUGAACCGUUUUUAUGGUCUGUAUUUCACCUGUUCUGCCACCUGAAUUGUUGGAAUGUAUCCGUGCAGGCUUUGUGGAGCUCUGUCUGUAACCCUUUUUGUGGCUCUCGUAAUACAUAUAUAUAUUUUUAAACCUUUGAGUCACUUCAGUAUUUUAAAGUGUCCGGUGUCCCUGGUGCGUUCUGCCUGACGUGCCCUCGUGUGCUGGGUCGGUUCGUGGGGUGCUGCCCCUUUUCAUUUCUGCUUGUGCAAAACGUGAACUGAAACAGCUGUGAACUGGGCAGGCCAGUUCCAGUGCAGAACCCACAGGUGUCAAAAUAUUAAACCAAGUGACUGCAGGUGCUCAUCUUCAAGGUGCUUUGAGUAGAAAAUAAGAACCUUCUAAAAAGUGCCUCCUACUUGUGACCAGUGGAUCACGCUUUUGGGGCCACGGCGGGUAGUACAGGGACAACACGAAGUGAAGCUUUUCCUAGGGUCUGUUGUUAAAGUUGUGGGAUUUAAUAGGAAUCCUGUGGUCCAGCACAAUUGGGAAUUGUUGCUACAGAGUAGUGUGGAAAAAACAUUCUGUCCAGGAUAUCUGGAUUUAUGCAUCCCAAAGAUGUAUGACUUUUCAUCUAUCUAUCUUCAUUUGUUUCUGUUCUUUGGAAAUACGUCCAUUGGAUGUGUAAGAUUGGCUUCUAAUUCACAUAAUUGCUGAACUCUCCUAACAGCAGCUGUUCCAGGAUUUCCGAUGCUGUAAUUUACAUAUGUAGACUAAUUAUAUUGAGCAAGAACCCAUUCAAACAUGUUCAUUAUAAAUACCAGUCGUAUUUGUGUGCCGUAGCGGCAGAGGUUACCUUAUUACAUGUCCAAAAACUUAAUCAACAGGUUCCAUUGACACUAAGUCAAACAGAUCUGCGUAAGGUCAUGAUCUGUUUUAGUAAGUUUUAUUUAAAGACAUGUUGGCUUACAGAGAUCUUGGCUUUCCUCUCUCUAAGUAAUGGAUAAAUUAUCCACGUUUAUAUUCAAUUCUCCAUCAUUGUUUUUUUUUUAUUCUGCAGGAUGAGUUUCAGUUCACAUUUUGGAACAUAAUAAGGAGAGACAAAAGAAACUAUUUAUACAGGUGAAUAUAUCUUUUAAGAGAGAAGCAGUUAUAUAAUAAAUGGAUUAGAGUUACUGUCAAAAUAGGUUUUGUUCAUCUUGUCACAAUAACUUGAGCUUUAAAGUAAGGCUUAUUUCACAGCUGAUAUCUGUAUAACCCUGGAACAUUUGAAAGAUUCCUUGGUUAGACAUUUCAAAUUAUAUGAAGAAAUACGAUCUACUUCUGCAAAUUAAAGAGUCUCAGAGAAGUGAUGGUACAUUUUACAGUGCCUUAUAUAUAUGUGUAUAUAUAUAUAUGUAUAUAUAUAUAAUGCCUAUGUGUAUAUAAUGUAUACAUAACUGUACAUAUAUUCAAGUCAAAGUAGUUAUAGGUGUCCCUAUCUGGUGUAUUUUAAAUGGAACUGGUCUGUGUUGAUAGAAAAAGAAAUGGUUGUAUCCGCAGCAAAAUACAAAACCAAAAAUACUUAUGAAAACGUUAGCAAAUAAAACAGACUGAAAACAGUG